UGGUGGAGGAGGGAGAAACCCCUCCCCUUCCCCUCCCCCGUGGCUCCUUCCUCGGAAAAGACACACUUGGGGGGUUUCCUCCCCUCCUCUUCUUUCUGCUCCCCUCCCCUCCGCUCCGCUCCGCUCCGCUCCCCGGAGCCGCAAGCCGCCGCCACCGCGGCGCCCGCCCCGCUGCUGAGGAGGGCCCGGGGGCAGCCGCGCCGCCACCCCUCCUCCCGGAUGGAUGUGCUUUUAAGUGAAGCUUUGCAAAAACUGGGAAGUACCGCAUCAGAGAUCUUGAAUUUGGACCACUUCCAAGCCUGACAUCCAGAAACUCAUCCCUAUGGGUGGUAAAUAUCAAGAGGCUGCAUGUGAAGGAGAAAGCAUGAUAAAGGCAGCAUCUUUCCAGGAUCCAUGGGCUCUUUGAGAGAUGAUCAGAGGGAGGCCAGAUGAUCUGCACAACACGCACAACACUGCUUCUCAUCCGCAAAGGCAGCAUCGGAGUGUUCUCCCCAGCCCCGUGCCGCCUGGCUUGCCUGAUCGGUUCCGGAUGUUUCGCAGCUGCGAAUGGGAAAUCCUGGAGCGAUCCCUCAGUAUCCUCCAGGCCAGCGACUUCUACUGGGGCCCCUUGUCUGUGGGAGAAGCUCAUGCCAAGCUCCAGCAGGAGCCUGUCGGCACCUACUUGGUGCGUGACAGCUCGCAGGGGAACUGCUUGUUCAGCCUGAGUGUGCGGAUGCCAACAGGGCCCGUCAGCCUCCGAAUCUCUUUCCAGGAGGGCUAUUUUCGCCUGAAGAACUGGUUUUCGGACUGCGUGGUCCGGCUGCUGGAGCUGGUGGUGGCGGGGACCCGGAACAACCCCUUGCACUUUGAUGAGAUGGGGGGAACACCCCUCGUCUUCUCUGAGCCACUGUGCCGGAGCCGCCAGGCAGUGCCUAUGCUGCGAGAACUGUGCUGCCAGAGCCUGCCUGCUAGUGCUGCAACAGGGGAUGGAGCAGGGCUGGGGGGCUCCUCCGGGAUGUGCCCGAGGGAGGAGGUGGUCUCACCCCAGGGUGGAAGGGGAGGGUCAGACAGGAGCAUCGUCCCUAGCCCCUCUCUGCCCUGGGCUGGGAGAUGAUGCUGUGCACAUGGGAGACAAAGGGAGAUGCCUGUUAGGUGGCUGUGCUGGUGGGACACACACCACACCGAUGGGGCUGGACUGGCUGCUGGGAGAGCAGGGAGAGCAGGCCUCAAACCCACUGGCUGUGACAGCUGUGUCCUUGUACAUGCACAGCAUGUGUGGCCUUCCCCAGAGACGCCUGGGGUAAAACCAAACCUGAAGAGCAGCGAUUUCCCCCUCCCAUCCCCUCCAAGUUCUGCUCUUUGCUCCAUUUAUAACUUAUAAGCUUGAGAAGGUGAGUUGCCUGUCCUCCCAGGUGAGCCCUGCAUUUUCUUCUGUCCCCAAGUGCCUAAGCUUGUUUCUGUUACAAAUCUGUCCUCGUGAAGUGGUGUGGCUGAGUCCAGUGCCACAGCAGUGCAGCUCAGGCAUCUGCAGACUCAUGUAGCCAUGGUGGAGUGAGACCCGUUUCGUUCCUUGCAGCAUGAAUGUGGUGCCUGCCACUUCAGAGGCCAACAUUUGCACUAAAGAGAAACCAUUGCAGCCAUGUACAAUGCAUGCAGCUUCACUGGCUUUUGCAUUGCUUUAUUUGAACAGAUUUUGGGGAGUGCAGAUGAGUUACCUUAUACUAAGGGCAUGGUAUUUCUGCAGAGGUAAUCCUGGUUUGAAGAGUCAGGUCUGCCCUGGGAGGAUGUGCAGAGACGGGAUCCAGCACCUUUUCCUAUGUUCAUCUGAUGGUAUGCUGCUGCCACCUAGGGAGCAUAAAAAGACGUUUUGGUUUUGCCUCCAAAAAGGCAAAAGAAUUUUUUAUAUAAGACUUUAAAAGAAUUUAAUAAACAUGUUUUUACACUAA